AUGCCUUACUCAAGACGUUCCUCAGGCUCUGAAGCUGAGUAUGUGUUGAUGCCAGUUCGCAGCCAUGCCGGCAGUGACUAUGGACGCUCUCGACGGGGUGGUGAUGGACGGCGCUCUCCCGUUGAGGCAGUCGUCAAUAAUUACCUAGGCGUGCCUCAGCAACGACCCCGGGCUUCCAGCACAGGUGGUGGUCCUGCACCCACAAUUGUCAACAUCGGCACGGUCCCGUCGGAACGAGGCCAUAGCCGUUCCCGCAGUCGUCACCGGCACCAUCGCAGUAGAAGUCGUUCGUCCAGCUCGGACUAUUCCAGCGAUCGAUCCAGAUCACACCGCCGCAGCCACCGCGGUAGCAGCAGCAGAAAGACCACCAAAGAAACCGAGCUCUCUUAUGAGCUACGCAAGGAUCUCGACUAUGGUCGACUCUCAAGAAAAGAGGAAGAAGAGAGAAGAAUACUAGAGAGGAUGAAGAAAGACCACCGCGAGGAAGCCAGAAAACGAUGGGAAUACGAGGAAGCGCUCGAGAAGGAUCGCAAGAAAAAAGAACGCGAGGCCAUCUUGCUUGAAGCCAAAUUGGAAGAAGAGCGCAAAAAGAAAGAAGCCGAGGAGUUGAGGAGGAAGGUGUUGAAGGACGAAGAAGAGAGACAGAAGAAGGAGAAGGAAAAGAAAAAGGCUGAGGAGGAGGAAUUUGAGCGAAAGGUCAAGGAGAAAUUCAUGAAAGCCGGCUACAGUCCCGAUUACAUUGAAGAAGUACUGCACAAGAAGAAAGAGGAGAAGGCGACGUUGGCGAUCGAUCUUCAUCGUCCGACCUACAUCAAAGUCAAUCGGAAGUACCUCCAUCCUGACACGCUGGAUGCAUACGGACUACCAUGGGAAUGGGACGGGCGCGAUGAAGAAUACAUUAUCAUCAAGAAGUACAUCGACCACAGCCUCCAAGACGAGCUCUUCGAACACACGCGGAAACUCAAGGAACGAAAACUCAUCACGGGGCCCUACGUCAAGGAAACCAAAACCAUCACCACACUCACCCCGAACGACACUUUUGUUAAGAAAGGUGACAAGAUGUACGUCGUCCGGGAGAAGAGUCAGACUAGGAGCAAGAGUCCUGCUGGAAGGAGAUCGAGUUGGAUGUUUACGUGA